GAGUAUCGCCUCUCAUGACGAAUCUAUUCGAGCGGUUGAACUCCUGUGCCCGGACGCGGUAAACCAAACACAACACGAGCCACGCGCAAAGACAGACAGCCAGGGGGGCAGACAGGCCAACACAGGAGCGGGGAGGUCCCACGGGCCAGUCUGGGAGGGUCAGAGGGCUGGGAGAGGCGUCAUUGAGGGAGGGGGAGGAAAGACAGGGAUAGAGGGAGGCAGGGAGGCGUCGACAGGGCGACUGGGGUGGCUGGGACUGGCGCAACAGACAGAGGGAGAGUGAGACAAGCUGCACAUUGACCACGGAAGGCCGACUUGCGAGUUGGAGCAUCCCAUGUAUAUGUAACUCACCUUUCUGUGUUGUUGUGUGCUGUGUGCGGUGUGUGUGGUGUGUGUGCAGGGACCAGAUAAUGUUCUGGUAUACGUCCGGGGGUCGAAAGGGCGGAUGGUAUUCCUGAUGUCCUCACACACGCGCCUUCCGACCAACAACUAGGGGAUGCCCGCCACUCACCACCACUACCACUACCACUACCACAACCACUCAGCGACAGUCAAGACCAACCUCCUCCUCCCGAAGACACUCACAGCCCCACAGUGAUGGCUACAGCAGCAGCAGCAUCAGAGACAGCAGUGCCCUUCCACCUAGUCAAGACUGACGGUGUGCAUGACGAUCAUGGUAGGGCGGAGGGAGGGAGGGAGAGGAGGGAGGGAGAGGAGGGAGGGAGAGGAGGGAGGGGGGUUCACGGGGCGAUCGAGGUGAAUGUGUUGCGCGUCUGUGUGUGUGGUGUGUGGUUUGUGGUUUGUGGUGCAGGUGUGUUUUGUGUUGAGUUUGCUACUGUUGACAUGGGUGCCGCUAAGACUGCUGUCGAAAUGCUGGAUAAGCGGUGCGACAUUAGAGAACCGACGCCUGGAUGGAUGGAUGGAUACCGUGUUGGCUGCGUGGCUUGUGUGUUCAGGAUUGUUGUGACUCCCUCAUCGUCGUCUGUGUCUGGUAUGUCCGACCACCCCCCGUUAUCGCCCCUCGCACCCUCCAAGGCGCUCAUGUCCUUCUACUCCACCUGCGAGGCAAGCACCCCUCCACCCUCCCACACCCAUACCCAUGGCUGCCUCUCUCUGUGUGUGUGUCUUCUCUAUCAGCUGUCCCACCACACGGCCCACUUCUCGUGCGUGCAUCUGAGCGACAAGCUGUACGCCCAGCUGGAGGCCCCCAAGGGCAGCGGCGGCAAGAGGGCGAGCAAGACGGCGGUUGAGGGGGGUGGGAUGACUAAAGGUCAGUUUGUGGCGUUGGUGGACAUGGCCAUGAUGCUUGAGGCCAGCGAGCUCAUCCUCACGGUCAAGCGGACACACCCGCACUUCGGUGAGCACCACACAGGGCAGCACACGGAUGGAUGGAUGGAUGUGUUGCAGCCAUGGUCAUUCGCACGUUGUUGUACAUGGGGUUCAACCUCAUGCCCAGGAAAGGUGAGAAGGGAACGAUCAUUGACACACACACACUCUCACGUGUGCAUCUGACUCUCUCUCUCUCUCUCUGCCGUGUGUGUGUGUGUUGUGUUGGUUCUGCAGUCCGUAUGAGCAUGAUGAAGGACAGCCGUGGGACCGAGCUGCUGACCUUGGCCCUGGGUGGUGGAAGCCUACAGCACACAGACACCGCCUUACACGACGAACAGGACGCCAGCCUCAGACAGGUACCCCUCUCACCAGAGCCACAUCAGGAAAAGUACCAAAAGACGACAGCUGUCUCCCUCUCUGUGUGCGCGUCUGCAGAGUCCAUCCAAUGUGUUUGACCUUGUCGCGCCUCUGGAUUUCACCUCAUCAGCGCCGCUGCCGCCCUUCAGCCACUCGUCGUCGCACCACUCCUCGCCGGACAGCGGUCUGCUGAGCUCGCCGGCGUCGCACUCCCACUGCUCGUUCAGCUCGCUGGACGGGGGGAGCGAUGAGCACGACGACGCGGCCAUGGGCGGCGGGGACAUCGACGAUGACCUCGCUGCAGAACGUAAGCAGGCACCGUCACACACACACACAGAGAGAGAGAGGGGGAUGGAGAAGAACACAGAACAAGGGAGUCACUUCUUUUGCCUAUCUGUGUGUGUCAUCGUCGACAGUGAUGCGUUCCGAGUAUGCGUUUUCAGUGGCCGACGGCGACCCCUUCCUCUCCUUCGAGGACCUGCCGUGCCUGCUGGAGGUGCCCGCCACACACCCUGGUGCUGUCCAGGGGCUGGUGAGCCCCACGACGCAGAAGCUGGCGCUCAAGGCCGAGUUGGAGGGGGAGGGGCUGAGCCCGUCGAGCCGGCUGUCGCUGCUCAUGCCUCACCCGAACCACUUCCAGGAGCUGCUGACCAACACACACGUGUAGACGUGUAGACGGGGGGCUGUCUGCGAGAGGGGGUAGGGUGAGGUGGAGGGGUGUUUGUCUUGAUCAUUCUCUUGUGAUUCUUUCGUGUUGGGCCUCGGGUUGUCUGCUUGAUGAGGAUGUGGGCUUCUGUUGGCUGGUGUACACCAGCCGACAGAAACCCUCCUCGAGACCAGGCUGACAAAACGAGGCCCCGACACACCACUUCAUCUUUGACCGGAAUUUUGGCAUUGUCUGCAGUAUUCUUUUGCCGUCUGUCUGGCCGCAUCUCUUUUGCCGUCUGUCAGUUGGGGGGGCACUCACCUUUUUAGCUGUCUGUCUGUCUGUCUGUCUGCAUGCACACACAGAACACAGAGAGGAGGAGGAAAAACAAAACAAGUCGCUGAGUGGGAGGACGAAAG